AUGACCAAUCUGAUCCCAUCCGCUCCUGCGUCGAUCUCGACUUGCACAGCGGUAGCCUCAACGGCCCAGUUCUCGACUCCCGAUCUGAACCCGUCCGCUCCUGCGUCGACCUCGACUUGCACAGCGGUAGCCUCAACGGCCACGUUCUCGGCGAGCAGUUUAAACCCGCCCGCACCUGCGUCGACCUCGACUUGCACAGCGGCAGCCUCAACGGCCCAAUUCUCGGCUCUCGAUCUGAAACCGUCCGCUCCUGCGUCGAUCUCGACUUGCACAGCGGUAGCCUCAACGGCCACGUUCUCGGCGAGCAGUUUAAACCCGUCCGCACCUGCGUCGACCUCGACUGGCACAGCGGCAGCCUCAACGGCCCAGUUUUCGGCCCCCGAUCUGAACCCGUCCGUACCUGCGUCGAUCUCGACUUGCACAGCGGUAGCCUCAACGGCCACGUUCUCGGCGCGCAGUUUAAACCUGUCCGCUCCUGCGUCGACCUCGACUUGCACAGCGGCAGCCUCAACGGCCCAGUUUUCGGCUCCCGAUCUGAACCCGUCCGUACCUGCGUCGAUCUCGACGGCCACGUUCUCGGCGAGCAAUUUAAACCCGUCCGCACCUGCGUCGAUCUCGACUUGCACAGCGCGGUAG